UGAUUCCUACUGCCAAUUUUUGAUUCGCAUGAGAUAUAUAUCAAUGGGUUUGCUUUCAAUUACUCAAAAAAUGAUCUUAUUGUGUGAAUAGGGUUUUUGAUGGAUGUGAAAAUUGAGAACUUUUCAGCCUUAUUUUGUGUGUACACCUUUUUUCUUGGUGAAAUCGUGACCAAAGUAUGCAUCAACUCUGUCUGGGCUUACCUGGUAGAGGAUCCAAAGGAGGAUUCUUAGUGAGGAUUUCUUAUCAUCGUUUAGAUCAUUUUUCCGAAUUUCAAUCUUUUGCUAAAAUCUCAUCCUCAGUUUAUGAUCUCAUCAAGAAUCAUGCUCUAUUAGUGCGAAAGAUUGAUGUCUCUAACAUUUUGGAUUUCAUGAUUAUAAGAGAGCUGUAGGACCAACUUUUCGACCAUGACAUGACAAGGUUAUCUCACCAAUUGUUUCCAUAGGUUAUCCUCUUCUAUUUAUGGAGGCAUUCAUUCUUUUCGAUGUUGGACUUGUCAUUGUUGUCGACAUAUGCAUUAGAAAGAUCGUAGCUGUUAGCAGAUAUAAAGUUCCUAAGGGAAAAUAGCUGUAAGUGGUUCCUUUUCGUAGCAUAAGCUAAGAACCUUCAUCUGUCUACCGAAAAAUCUUAGGAAUGUUAGAACUUCCCAGUUGAUAUGGGAGAAUGUAAUAGAUUCUAGGACACUGUGAGAAGUAUCUCAGGUUACUAGGGGUGUGCUUUGGGAUGUUGCAGUUUACAGUUAUUCAUGGGCUAACUUGGUACAGGUGCAGUUCCUGUUGCUUAUGUUCCUCUUUGAAGUCUUUUUUCUCUGACAAAGUCCAAGGCAUGCUUUGUCGUUGCAAUACAUCGAGCAAGUAUAAGAGGCUAAAUCCAAAGCUUGAAAAGAAAAUGGUGGAGGCCAUCAAGAAAAGAGGCUCUUCUGAACCUAACACUUUUAAAUCAAUUAAUAGCAUAAUCUUGAGGUUUCCCAAGUUCAAAGAAGGAUUAAAGAACAUCAAGAGUGUGUUUGAUCAAUAUGACGAGGACUCAAAUGGAACAAUUGACCACGAGGAGCUAAAGCAUUGCUUAAACAAACUGCAACUCCAUCUGACCGAGAGAGAAAUAGAAGAUCUUUUUCAGGCUUGUGACGUGGAUGGAAUCGAAGGAAUACAACUGAAUGAGUUUGUGGUUCUUCUAUGUCUCAUCUAUCUUCUGAUGGACUCUUCAGAAAAUUCUCAUUCUGUACCGACAACAAACUCCAAUCCAAUUUCAAGGAUGGGAUCUCCUGAACUGGAGGCCACCUUUGAUACGAUUGUUGAAGCAUUUAUGUUUCUUGAUAAGAAUGGUGAUGGGAAACUGAACAAGGAAGAGAUGGUAAUGGCACUGAACGAGGCUUCUCCGUGGGAAAAAUCCCCUGGACGCAUUUCCAGAAAUCGGUUCAAAGAAAUGGACUGGAGCAACAGUGGAAAAGUCAGCUUCAAAGAAUUCCUCUUUGCAUUGACGAAUUGGGUAGGGAUUGAUGCUGAUGACGAGAAGGAACAUGUCUUGUGACUGGUCUGAUGAAGAUGGGGAAAUUGGACAUCAGAGUAGCAGAGAAGCAACUUUAAGAGGUGACACUAAAAUCCUGAAAUUGUAUGUGGAAUCGUCACAUCUUAAAAUAUAAGUUACCUAAUUUCUUGUUGGCUUGAAUUGACAUAGUUUGUUGCUGUUUGUGGUUUGACAUUCUAGUAGAUUACAAGUUUACAACUGGUAUUGAUGUAAUUUUUAUAUCUGCAUCUAUGUAUCUUCAGUUCUAUAUAGGGAAUUCUUAUGAAAUUUGUAACGCAGGUAAGAAAUGUGAAAUAUGUUGUUUCAGUUCA